UUCUGUUUUGAAUMCAAAGUGGAUGAUGCUGGCAGGGCUGAGCCACUGAACAUUCUGAAAAAGUCCCAUUUUCUCAUUGGCCAUCAGUGAGAUAAGAUGGAAGACUCUUACAAGGAUAGGACUUCACUGGUGAAGGGUGCCAAGGACAUUGCCAAAGAGGUGAAGAAGCAAACAGUAAAGAAGGUGAACCAAGCAGUGGACCGGGCCCAGGAUGAAUACACCCAGAGGUCCUACAGUCGGUUCCAAGACGAAGAUGAGGAUGAUGACUAUUACCCACCUGGAGAAACCUACGAUGGGGAGGCCAAUGAUGACGAAGGCUCCAGUGAAGCUACCGAGGGCCAUGAUGAGGAAGAUGAGAUCUACGAAGGGGAGUACCAGGGCAUCCCCAGUAUGAACCAAGGGAAAGACAGCAUAGUGUCRGUGGGGCAGCCCAAGGGGGAUGAGUACAAGGACCGCCGGGAGCUGGAGUCCGAGAGRAGAGCUGAUGAAGAAGAGCUGGCCCAGCAGUAUGAGCUGAUAAUCCAGGAGUGUGGUCAYGGGCGCUUCCAGUGGGCCCUGUUCUUCGUCUUGGGCAUGGCUCUCAUGGCGGAUGGUGUGGAGGUGUUUGUGGUGGGCUUCGUGUUACCCAGUGCUGAGACAGACUUAUGCAUACCAAAUUCAGGAUCUGGAUGGCUGGGCAGCAUAGUGUACCUCGGGAUGAUGGUGGGGGCGUUCUUCUGGGGAGGACUGGCAGACAAAGUGGGAAGGAAACAGUCUCUUCUGAUUUGCAUGUCUGUCAACGGAUUCUUUGCCUUCCUUUCUUCAUUUGUCCAAGGUUAUGGCUUCUUUCUCUUCUGUCGCUUACUUUCUGGAUUCGGGAUUGGAGGAGCCAUUCCCACUGUGUUCUCCUACUUUGCUGAAGUGCUGGCCCGGGAGAAGCGGGGUGAGCAUCUGAGCUGGCUCUGUAUGUUCUGGAUGAUCGGCGGCAUCUAUGCCUCUGCCAUGGCCUGGGCCAUCAUCCCACACUACGGGUGGAGCUUCAGCAUGGGCUCAGCCUACCAGUUUCACAGCUGGCGUGUAUUCGUCAUCGUCUGCGCGCUGCCCUGCGUCUGUUCUGUGGUAGCCCUCACCUUCAUGCCMGAAAGCCCCCGGUUCUUGUUGGAGGUUGGAAAACAUGAUGAAGCUUGGAUGAUUCUGAAGUUGAUUCAUGACACUAACAUGAGAGCACGGGGUCAACCUGAGAAGGUCUUCACGGUAAAUAAAAUCAAAACCCCUAAACAAAUAGAUGAGUUGAUUGAAAUUGAGAGUGAUACCGGAACAUGGUACAGGAGGUGUUUUGUUCGGAUCCGCACAGAACUGCAUGGAAUUUGGAUGACUUUUAUGAGAUGUUUCAACUAUCCCGUCAGGGAAAAUACAAUAAAGCUUACAAUCGUUUGGUUCACCCUGUCCUUUGGGUACUAUGGAUUAUCGGUUUGGUUCCCUGAUGUCAUUAAACAUCUGCAGUCUGAUGAAUAUGCAUUGCUGACUAGAAAUGUGCAAAAAGAUAAAUAUGCAAAUUUCAGUAUUAACUUUACAAUGGAAAAUCAGAUUCACACUGGAAUGGAAUACGACAAUGGCAGAUUCCUAGGGGUCAAGUUCAAAUCCGUAACUUUCAAAGACUCAGUGUUUAAGUCCUGUACCUUUGAGGAUGUGACUUCAGUCAACACCUACUUCAAGAACUGUACUUUUAUUGAUACUGUUUUUGACAACACAGAUUUUGAGCCAUAUAAAUUCAUUGACAGCGAAUUUCAAAACUGCUCAUUUUUUCAUAACAAAACGGGCUGCCAGAUUACCUUUGACGAUGACUACAGUGCCUACUGGAUUUAUUUUGUCAACUUCCUGGGGACAUUGGCAGUGUUGCCAGGGAACAUCGUGUCUGCUCUCCUGAUGGACAGAAUUGGGCGCUUAACCAUGCUAGGUGGCUCCAUGGUGCUCUCGGGAAUCAGCUGCUUCUUCCUUUGGUUUGGCACCAGUGAAUCCAUGAUGAUAGGCAUGCUGUGUCUGUACAAUGGACUGACCAUCUCAGCCUGGAACUCUCUUGAUGUGGUCACUGUGGAACUUUACCCCACAGACCGGAGGGCAACGGGCUUCGGCUUCUUGAAUGCUCUAUGCAAAGCAGCAACCGUCCUGGGAAACUUAAUUUUCGGCUCCCUGGUUGGCAUCACCAAAGCAAUCCCCAUCCUUCUGGCUUCUACUGUGCUCGUGUGUGGAGGACUCGUGGGGCUGCGUCUGCCUGACACACGAACCCAGGUUCUGAUGUGAUGGGGGGAAAAAAGCCAUUUUUGUGUGUUUCUUUCUCCUG